AUGGCCGUCCGCGGCGGCGGCGGCACCGCCCUGACGCCUUUCUCCAUCCAGGCCAUCCUCAACAAGAAGGAGGAGCGCGCCCGCGGCUGGCGGCUGUGUGCUGCCCGCGCCGAGGCCCCGCCGCCGCCCGCCCCGCGCCCGCCGCCCGCCUGGGACUCGGACUCGGCGCUGAGCGAGGAGCCCGAGAGCGAGCGGCGCUCCGAGGAAGAGAGCGCCGGGGGCAGCGCCCGCCCCAACGAGGCGGCGGGCAGGGCGGCCGGCGGCGGAGGCGCGAACUUCGGAGGCGGCGGCGGACGGGACCGGGACCGGGACGGAGCGCGCAGCGACAGCGAAGCGUCGGCCACCGCUUCAGGUCGCGGCCCGGCCGAGGAGGAGGAAGCGGCGGGCGGGAGGCUGCUGGCGGCCGAGGAGGAGGCGGCGGCGCCGAAGCCGCGCAAGAAGCGCUCCCGCGCCGCAUUUUCCCACGCGCAGGUGUUCGAGCUGGAGCGGCGCUUCAACCACCAGCGCUAUUUGUCGGGGCCCGAACGCGCCGACCUGGCCGCCUCCCUCAAGCUGACCGAGACGCAAGUGAAGAUCUGGUUCCAGAACCGCCGCUACAAAACCAAACGGCGGCAGAUGGCGGCCGACCUGCUGGCCGCCGCCCCCGCCGCCAAGAAGGUGGCCGUCAAGGUGCUGGUGCGCGACGACCAGAGACAGUACCAGCCCGGCGAGGUGCUGCGGCCGCCCUCGCUGCUCGCCCUGCAGCCCUCUUACUACUACCCCUACUACUGCCUGCCCGGCUGGGCCCUGUCCUGCGCCGCGGCCGCCGGCACACAGUGAGCGCCCCGACGGCACCGCCCCGACGGCAGCGCCGCGGCGCCCCGGACAGUAUUUAUUGCUAUUUUAUUGUUAUUUUUAUUAUUAAUAUUAUUCGGACGGUCGCUCAGCCUCUCCCCAUCCGCCCCGGCCGCCGAGGACUCGUGGCCUGGCACCGCCGUUCCGUGGGAUCCACGCUGUGGUGCGAUGGCUGCGGACUGUUUGUUGGUUUGUUUGCUCCGUCCUGUGUCGGAUUGGCGGAGACUGACCAGAGAGAGACAAAGAGAGAGGGGGGAAAAAAAAACAACACCCGAAGCGCCGCGGAACUGAACGCAGCUCCGAGGAGAAUGGAUCCAGGGGGGCUCUGAGAGUGCCAUGAGCGGGGCUGAAUGUACGGAGCCUCUCCCACCCCCGCCCGUAUCGGCGCACUGCGAAGGAUAGCCGUGUCCCAAGGGUGAGACCCGCCCCAACGCUCCAGGCUUCUUCUUCUUCUUCUUCUUCUUCUUCUUCUUCUUUUUUUUUUUUUUCCUGAGAUCUUUCCGUGUUCGGGGAGGGAGGAUUCUGGAUUUUUCGCACUUUCCAGUUGUAUUAAAGUUGUUGUUAUUAUU